CAUUCUCUAAGACUCAUGGAAAACAGGAACAAUGUCACUGAAUUUGUCCUCCUGGGGCUUACCCAAAAUCGUGAGGCACAAAAAAUAUUAUUUGCUGUAUUCUUAAUUAUAUAUAUUUUUACAAUGGUGGGCAACAGUCUGAUUGUGAUAACAGUCACUGGAAGUAAGAGCUUGAAAUCCCCUAUGUACUUCUUUCUUGCCUUCUUGUCUUUUAUGGAUGCCAGCUAUUCCACUGCCAUGGUCCCUAAAAUGACCCUAGACAUGCUUAAUGAAAAGGCAACCAUUUCUUUCCAAGCUUGCAUGGCCCAGCUCUUCUUAGAACACAUAUUUGGUGGGGCUGAAGUUUUUCUCCUUGUUUUUAUGGCUUAUGAUCGCUAUGUAGCCAUCUGUAAACCUUUGUAUUAUUUAGUCAUUAUGAGAUGGCGUGUAUGUGUUCUGCUGGUGGUGGUGUCCUGGAUUGGAGGUUUCAUGCAUUCGUUACUUCAGCUCCUUUUUAUUGUUGGGCUCCCAUUUUGUGGACCCAAUAUAAUUGAUCACUUCAUUUGUGACAUGUACCCUUUAUUAGAACUUUCGUGUACAGACACCUAUAUGGUUGGCAUCUCGGUGGUUGCCAAUGGAGGAGCAAUAUGCACAAUUAUCUUUUUCUUAUUGGUUAUCUCCUAUGGGGUCAUUCUACACUCUUUGAAAACUCAAAGUUUGGAAGGUCGACAAAAAGCCCUUUCUACUUGCAUUUCCCACAUCACAGUUGUUGUGUUAUUCUUUGUUCCUUGUAUUUUUGUGUAUGUUAGGCCAGUCUGUACUUUCCCCAUUGAUAAAUCUCUAGCUGUCUUUUAUACUGUCAUCACUCCUAUGUUAAACCCCUUAAUCUACACCCUGAGAAACACAGAGAUGAAAAAUGCCAUGAGGAAGCUUUGGAACAGAAAAGUGAUACCUGGCAGUAAAGUAUUGGAGGUCCGGGCCAAGCAAUGA